AUGGCUCCGGAGAUCGCGGACCAGCUCGACAACGAUCGGUUGUGGACCAACAUUUCAAAUUGGCUCUCUGAGCCUGAUAACAGUCGAUGGCUCCUGAUCUUUGACAUCUACGUGACCCAAAGGACUACAGCCUUGCGCAAUACUAUCCUGCAAGAACACAUGGAUCAGUUCUGGUUACCACCAGGGUGCCCCUCAAGGUCAACGGUAGUCGACUUGAUGUCCGGUCGGGCACAUGUUGUCUCAGAUGUUGACGCUCGAAAUUUAGCACGACGCUUGGAUGGUCAUCCUCUGGCCUUGGCCACGGCGGGAGCUUACCUCAAGGAGUCUUCAUUGAGCUUUGGUGCGUAUCUCCAAUAUUACGAAGCUCGUUGGGCAGCCCUGGCUUCGAGUGAACAACUGCAGGACUACCCUGAGCGGACUCUCCAUACGACGUGGGAUAUCUCUUUGCAGAUGAUCAAGCAAGAGAACGACUUGGCUGUGGAACUAUUGAGAUUUCUUGCCUACCUAGAUCCCCGUGACAUAUGGUACGAGCUCUUCUCCGAAUGUCAAGACAAUAAUGCUCCGAUGUGGUACACCCGAUUGACAGAAAACGAGCUCUCGUUUGGUAUGGCGGUGAAGACGCUUGUCAGGUAUUGUCUUGUUCAGGCCAAUCAUCAAACCGAAUCGUACAGUAUCCAUGUCUGCUUUCAUGACUGGAUGCUCAAUGUGUUGAAUCAUCCAAGCAAUGCGGACCGAUACUGGCUUGCGUUCGACUGUGUGGUAGGCCAAAUCCAUAUCGCAGAAGGCCGUCAGUUCUCUACAAUAUGGUAUCGGAGAGUCACGCCACAUGCAGAAUGGAUCGCCUGUGAUCUGUUUCGAGAUGUUGCAGAGCGGCAAGACUUCGUACAGGUUCAGCUCCCGCAGAUUCCGCUCAUUGCAUGGCUGCUCUACAAGCAAGGACAAAAUAGAGCAGCAGAGCGAAUGUUAAUUCGGGCGCUGGCCCUACAUGAAAGUAUACUAGGACGGGACCACCGGUCGACUCUAGUCGUAAUGAACGAUAUGGGGGCUAUCUACGAAGAGCAAGGGAAACUAGAGCGUGCCGAGGAAACAUUUCAGCAAGCACUACAUAUCCUCAAAAAGAUAGUAGGGCCCAAGGACCGGUUGACGCUUCGCGUACUUGGCAAUUUAGGCAGGAUCUAUCAAAUUCGGGGGCGGCUAGAGGAGGCGGAAGAAGUUUCUCAACGAGCACUACAAGCUAAGAAGGAUACACUGGGUCUUGAAGAUCUAUCAACACUGCUUACCAUGCGGGUUUUGGCUAGUAUCUAUGGCGAGCAACGGAAGCUAGAUCAGGCCGCCGAACUAUAUCAGCAAGCCCUGCAUGGGUACGAAAGGAUAGUUGGUCCCAAGCAUACGGAGACCCUUGAUCUUGCUGUCGAUCUAGCAAAACUCUACAAGGACCAUGGAGCCCUAAGCAAAGCGGAAGAUAUCGUUCAGCGCGCGUUGCACGACUCGGAGGAUACAGUUGGUGCUGAGCACAGUUUGACACUGACAGCGUUUAGUCAAUUAGGUGACAUAUAUAGACGGCAAGGAAAAUUAUACGAGGCAGAAGAGGUCCUGCUCCGGGCCCUACAGGGCCACGAGGAGAGAUUCGGUGCUGAACAUACACGGGCGCUCGGUAUGGUCCACUUUCUAGGUAUUGUCUACGACCUCCAAGGAAGGCUGGAUGCGGCGGUGGAGAUGUUUCAGCGUGCGUUACAUGGACACGAGGAGAAGCUGGGACCUGAACAUGAAUCUACACUCAAUGUGGUCGACAAGCUGGGUGAUAUAUACCGACAGCAAGGGAAAUCAAGCCAGGCGGAAGACUGUCUGCUACGAGCAUUACAAGGCAAAGAGGAGAGGUUGGGAGCUGAGCAUACUUCGACGCUCGACACCAUCAACAGUCUAGGUAUCCUGCGUGCAGAACAAGGAAGACUGAACCAGGCCGAGGAGUUGUUUCAGCGGGCAUUGCAAGGCUACGAAAACAGUCUCGGGUCAGACCUUGUGAGCAAAGAUGUCUCUGCGCUCAGUACUUGUAACAAUCUUGGGAGUGUCUACGCUGGUCUGGACAGGCCAGAGGAAGCCAGAGCGUUUUACCAGCGAGCAUUGAUCGGAUUUCGGAAGGCGGAGGGUUCAUUCGACGAGCGUUGCGAGGAGCUUGAACGUGCUAUGGAACAUCUGGAUUUCGAAGUCAAGCAAUUUCACAACAGCGGAUGCCUCGACAACGAGACAGGAGCGCUGUACAAUGGAGCUGAUGUCCCCUCCCCUUUUACGAAAUAA